AUGUCUUCUCAGAGACAACGAGUAGCUCUCGUGAUUGGUGCAGGACCCGUAGGUGCUUUAGCAGCUCUUAGUCUUUAUCGAAGAGGAUGGGACGUAGAGAUCUGGGAAGCUCGAGAUGAUCCUCGGGGGAUGGAAGCUUCCAAAAUGACAAACCUCCGAUCUAUCAACCUUAAUAUAUCUGCUCGCGGUCUGGAAGCCUUGAGGAGUGUGGACCCUACUUUAGCGGAGACGAUGAUCAACGAGUCCAUUCCCAUGGCUUCACGUAUGAUUCAUCAUCUUGACGGUCAUACCGAAGCUCAAGCAUACGAUCCUAUACAUGGCUGGCAUUCGAAUUCUAUUAGUCGACCUGUGCUCAAUCAACGUCUUGUAGAAGCAUUACCACUUGAGAUCAAGAUGAGGUUCAAUACCAAACUUUCACGACUCGAUCUUAAUUCUCGCAAAGCUUACUUUGUGACCAAAGCAUCAAAAUCAGUUCCGGGAGAAGAGGACGAAUCAGCCUUCAGAACGAGGACAAGUGACAUGCAGACGGACAAUGGGGAGGAAGAAGAGGUGAAGGACUUUGAUCUGAUAAUUGGUGCCGAUGGGACUUGGUCAAAAGUCCGACAAGAGAUGAUGAGAGUAGAGAGAGUCAAUUUCUCUCAAGAGUUCAUCUCGCAUGCUUAUAUCGAACUUCACAUGCCUCCCGAUCCCACAAAACCAGACGGUUUCCAGAUGCAGCCUAAUCAUUUACAUAUCUGGCCUCGACAUUCUUUCAUGCUUAUUGCAUUACCUAAUAAGGACGGGUCAUUCACAAUGACCCUCUUCAUACCUUUCGAAGAAGCUAAACGUCUCGAUACACGUGAUGGGGCUCUCGCCUUCUUCGAAGAGCAUUUCUCGUCCGCUAUCGAUUUAAUGGGGAAGGAGAGAUUGCUGGAUGAUUUGGAAAGAAAUCCUCGUGGAAAUCUCGUGACAAUGAACGUCAAUCCGUCAACUUGGAAAUCCCACGUCGUCCUUCUCGGAGAUGCGGCACAUAGUAUGGUACCAUUCUACGGCCAAGGGUUAAAUUGUGGAUUGGAAGAUGUUCGAGUACUCAACUCGUACCUCGAGCAAUAUCAUAUCGGAUCCACCACCACUGCUCCGCUUGGAAGGACCGAUCCCGAGCUUUCGAUGGCUCUGGAGACAUAUUCAAAAGACCGUGAUGCUGACUUGCGCGCUAUAUGCACAUUGGCAUUGAACAACUACACCGAGAUGCGAUCACACGUCCUCUCACCUCUCUAUCAGUUCCGACGACAUUUGGAUUACGUUCUGGAAAGAUUACUCCCAUCGAAACCAGAGGGUGAACUGUCUUUGACAAACCCUUUCCCUACUCGCAAAGUCAGAGGAUGGACAAGCUUGUAUGAGAUGGUGACGUUCCGUGCGGACAUUGGGUAUGCAGAAGCACUAAGAAGGGAGAAAUGGCAAAGGGAGGUCGUAUCUUGGGCUGGGGAAAUCGCUGCUACAGGUUUGGUGGGAGGAUUUGGUGUGAUGAGCUGGUUAUUAGUCAGACAAUGGAAGCGAUAGGAAUGUUUUGGAUACAUAUCAUCGAGAUGAAAUAACACAUCAUGAAU